ACGGAUUUGGUUGCACCUGCAGCAUAUGCGAUCGAGCAUUGGAUUGACCGGCAUGGCAAAGACGAUUCUUCAACUGUUUCUAUGCGGGAUUCUCCUGGUAAAUCUGAGCUUGGGAGCCACUGUGAGGCGCCCUCGCCUGGAUGGACGCAUCGUGGGCGGCCAGGUGGCUAGCAUAAAGGACAUUCCCUAUCAGGUCUCCCUGCAGCGUAGCUAUCACUUCUGUGGUGGCUCCUUGAUCGCUCAGGGCUGGGUGCUCACUGCUGCCCACUGCACUGAAGGAUCGGCCAUACUCUUAUCCAAAGUUCGCAUUGGCUCCUCGCGGACUUCUGUGGGCGGUCAGUUGGUGGGCAUCAAGCGAGUCCAUCGACAUCCCAAAUUCGAUGCCUACACCAUUGACUUUGACUUUUCGCUGCUCGAGCUGGAGGAAUAUAGUGCCAAGAACGUGACGCAGGCUUUCGUUGGGCUUCCCGAACAGGAUGCGGACAUUGCCGACGGUACUCCGGUCCUGGUCUCCGGCUGGGGAAACACGCAGAGCGCCCAGGAGACCUCAGCCGUCCUGCGGUCCGUUACGGUGCCCAAAGUCAGUCAGACGCAGUGCACGGAGGCUUAUGGCAACUUUGGCAGCAUCACGGAUCGCAUGCUCUGCGCCGGAUUGCCGGAGGGCGGCAAGGACGCCUGCCAAGGUGACUCCGGAGGACCACUCGCUGCUGAUGGUGUCCUUUGGGGCGUGGUCUCCUGGGGCUACGGCUGUGCCCGACCAAACUAUCCCGGCGUUUACUCGCGCGUCUCUGCGGUUCGUGACUGGAUUGGCUCUGUUAGUGGCAUUUGAGAUCAUAACUUCAUCAAAACUAAACCAAAUGAAUAAAGGGAAUGGAAAUACGUUACGAUUUGAGUAUU